AUGCGCCUGCUCAACACAAAGACCUACAGCAUUACCGAGUUCUUCGAAGCCAAUGUCCCCAAAUAUGCCAUUCUUUCUCAUACCUGGGGGCAGGGAGAGGUGACAUAUCAGGACAUUGUCCAGUCGGUUGAGCAGGCUCGUAAGAUGAAGCCUCAGGGAUUUGCCAAAGUCGAGGGCGCGUGUGCGCUGGCGUAUUCUGAGGGAUUCGACUACAUAUGGAUCGAUACCUGCUGCAUCGACAAGACGAGCAGUGCGGAGCUGUCCGAGGCUAUCAAUUCGAUGUAUGCGUGGUAUCGGGAAUCUUCGGUCUGCUAUGCUUAUCUGGUAGAUGUCCAACGCAUCGAAUACCCAACUCUGGAGACUGGACAUAUGAACUUUGAUGAGGUUAAUUUUGGGGCAUCUCGUUGGUUUACGAGGGGAUGGACGCUCCAGGAGCUCAUUGCGCCGUUUGAAGUCGUCUUCUACUCUGCAGAUUGGAAAUAUCUCGGACGGAAAUCCCUCCACAAAGACGUGAUAUCGAGAAUCACGGGUAUCGACGUGAGCAUCCUUGCUGGCGCUGACCCAUCCUUAAUCGCCGUAGCGCGCAAAAUGUCCUGGGCCUCGCGAAGGACGACAACCAGACUCGAAGACAUGGCCUACUGUCUGAUGGGCCUAUUCUCCGUGUCCAUGCCUCUCAUCUACGGCGAGGGCAAAAAGGCGUUUCUUCGACUUCAGGAGGAAAUCAUCAAAACGGUGGAUGACCAGUCGAUUUUUGCGUGGCAGCUACCGAAAGUGAUUCCCUCUGGACAAGACUUUUACGGACUGCUCGCCGAAUCUCCGAGUGCUUUCGAGAAUACUGGUGGAAACGUCUCGCCAUUCGCAUCAGGCCACUCC